GCCCUCGCGGCGCCCGCGUCGCUGUGGUGAGUGAGGCUGGGGAACGGGGCAGCGCAGCAGGGGGAGGAAGUUGGUCUGCGCGCUGGUAGCGCCCGUCCGGCCCCGCUCCCGUGCUGGUGAAAGGGCAGCGUGGCUCAGUGCGGGGGUGGUAGUGGGAGGAUUCGGCGUACCGUCAGGCCUGGCUGGGAGGAGCUGCAGUUGAGCGAUAAAGCUGCUUGGAACAAGGCACCUCGGAGACAGCCAGGUCACGGUGGGAAUUUAUGUAAAAUUGGGCUUCUGUACAGCCUGUGGUUGAGUUCUUUACAGUAAGGCUGAUGGAGCACUGGAACAGGCUGCCCAGAGAGGUUCUGGAGUCUCUCUAUGGAGAUAUUCAAGAUCCAUUUGGACACCUACCUGUGUGAGCUAUUGUAGGGAACCUGCUUUGGCAGGAGGUUGGACUCGGUGGUCUCCUGAGGUCCCUUCCAACCCCUGUGAUUCUGUGAGUUACAGAGAGCUCAAUGUGAAAUCGCUUAGCAGGAUUGCUCACAUUUUGGCAAACCAUCACCCUUCAAAUAGAGACUGGGAAACAAACUUUACCAUUGACAUUAGUGAUGUAAAUUUCUGACUAUAGUAGGAGGUAGUUCUUGUUACUAGAAAGGUACUGGCAUAGCAGAAGAGAAAAGUGCUUUAGUGUAGAAUUCUAGAAUUGUUGAGGUUGGAAAGACCACUAAGAUCACCCAGUCCAACCAGCAGCCCACCCCCACCAUGCCCACUGCCCACGUCCCUCAGUGCCACAUCCACACGGCUCUUGAACACCUCCAGGGAUGGUGACUCCACCACCUCCCUGGGCAGCCUAUGCCACUGCCUCACCACUGCUGAGAAGAGGUGGUUCCUAAUAUCCAACUUGAUACUCCAUCCUCUCUCAUCUUAUCACUGUUACCAGGGAGCAGAGGCCAACUCCCACCUCACCACAACCUCCUUUUAGGUGCUUGGAGAGAGCAAUGAGGUCUCUCCUGAGCCUCGUCUUCUCCAGACUGAACAAUCCCAGCUCCCUCACUCACUCCCCCUAAGUUCUGUGCUCCAGACCUGUCACAUCUUUCUUGUCCUUCUCUGGACGUGCUCUGGGCCUCAUUGUUUUUCUUAUAGUGAGGAGCCCAAAAUUAAACACAGUGCUGGAGGCACAGCCUCGCCGGUGCCCAAUACAGAGUGCUGAUCACCUCCCUAGUCCUCCUGGCAACACUAUUUUUGAUACAAGCCAGGAUUUUAAGGAGUUUCAAGAACAUUUAGCAAGUGUUGUGUACAGAAGAUAAGUACAGAACAGUUGCUUUUGUGUUUAUUGAUUCGCUUACCAAAAGGUAAAAUAAAGACGUAAAAAGUAAACAUCACUUGUAAAUAUCAGAGCAAUGAAACUGUAAUUAACUGUAGUUAACGUGAACAACAAAACAUUACUGGUCUGAUCAAGUGAAGUGGUGGUGGGACAUCAAGUCUGAUAGCAGAGAACUGGAUGUGGUGAGCUGAAAGCCCCUCCAAAUCCCAAGUUUCUAACUAAGAUGGUUUCACUCGAGUUUCAGUUCAUGUAUCUGUGAUAAAAAAAACUUUCAGGUUUAAAAAAAAACAAGGAUAAAGACAGGAGGGAAGAGGGGAAAUGAACACUAUUCAACUGGAUUCUUUCCUUGGAGAAAACAGAACCGAAACUCAAAAGUGUUUGCGUAUAUACUUUCAAGAACCAGAGAGCCCUUUGGAUUUUUUUUUGUUUGUUUGAUUGUUCUUAAAACUUCUUUUUUUUCCCCCAUUUUUUCCUUCUUUUCUUUUUCCUCCUUUCUUAUACUUCGCGAAAGAUUCCCUCCAGCCAUACAAGAACAGCUUAUUGCUUUGUGCUUUUUAAUCUCCUUUGCGUAUAAGCAAACUGAAAGUAGCAUUACCAUGGUAAUAAAGUGUAGUUAAUGUUUCAUAAUUGGAUUGAAAGUGAUUUAACUAUUAAUCUGUGAUUUGGAUCCUCAGACAAAAUGCGGCAGCAAGUAACAUAGCUUGUCCUAAGUGCCAUAAGUGAGCUUCUAACCCACUUGGGUUUGAUGUGCGUCUAGGUCUUGUCUGGCUGUGGUGUCUACGAUGGCACAGAAAUCCAUGAGGCUUCUGCCAUACUGGUACACCUUAGUCGCGGGGGAGCUGAGGUUCAGAUGUAUGCUCCAGAUGUUCCUCAGAUGCAUGUCGUUGACCACAGUAAAGGGCAACCAGCUGAAGCUGAGUCAAGGAAUGUUUUAGUGGAAUCUGCAAGGAUUGCUCGUGGCAAAAUCACUAACCUGGCUAAACUUACGACAGUGGACCAUGAUGCUGUGAUAUUCCCUGGCGGAUUUGGAGCUGCUAAAAACCUAUCUACAUUUGCUGUUGAUGGGAAGGAUUGCAAGGUGAACAGAGAAGUUGAACGUGUCUUGAAAGACUUCCACAAAGCAGGCAAACCUAUUGGUCUUUGCUGCAUUUCACCAGUGUUGGCAGCAAAAGUUCUUUCUGGUGCUGAAGUAACUGUGGGCCAUGAAGAGGAGGAAGGUGGCAAGUGGCCUUAUGCUGGAACUGCGGGAGCCAUUAAAGAACUGGGAGGAAAGCAUUGUGUGAAGGAAGUAACUGAAGCUCACGUGGAUACAAAAAACAAAGUGGUGACUACCCCAGCAUUUAUGUGUGAAACAGAAUUACAUAACAUCUUUGAUGGCAUUGGGGCCAUGGUAAAGAAUGUGCUAAAAUUAACUGGCAAAUAAAAUGUCUACUUCUGAUGUGAAAAACACAUUUAAGUUUAGGAUAUAGAAUUAACACCAGUAUGGACCGAUGGAAGUAUUUUUAUCUGCUUUUCCUGCUCGCAGUCUGAUAAUUGCUUUUAUGAAGCUGAUUGACUCCCAGCUGUGCUGCAGGGUUUUUGUGAAAGAGCUGCCUGUGGAAGGGCUUACAUUAUGCAAACAAUCUGGCCUGAGACACUGAGCAUUCUCUUGAGCUUUUUCAGCUGGAGGGAGCUGUGCAGAUGUGUUUGGCGGCAGUCAUCACAGUGCACCACUAUUGAGUCAUUUCCUUGAGGACAAAAAGCAACUGAAGUUGCUUUCAGAAAUGGAGGGAAGAUGUGUUGUAGGGACACAACAGGUGCAGUGCCACUAUAUCCAUCCAGUGGAUGAAGAGUGGUAGUAGUGGGGAAUUAGUGUGUAAUUCAUUGUUGAUGUGCUCAGAUCUAUGUCUCUGAACUGUAAGGCAGGGCCAGCUGUCAAUGCAAUAGGUAUCUUCCACAUCCUCCUGCUGGCUUAAAGUUAAUUAAAAUAUUCAAGUUUUCCUCUUCCGUGUUGAAGAAUCCUGUUUUCACCAAGGAGCCAUCCUGAAUAUCAGCACCUUAGCUGUCGCAGUAGUAGCACUUGGAAAAAUUCAUCCAUCGGCCCAUUACAGCUAAAAAGGUCUUGAAAGGAAGGAGAAAAUAUCUGCUGAUGCGACGCACAAUUUUUAAGGAUAAUGUCCUUAUUAAAGUAGUUGCAUGACUAGAAAAUGGAUAGAAGAAAAAAAUCUGAAGAUACUCUCACUUUCCCUGCUUCAGGGUAAUAAAGCUUUCUCCAAAGGAACACUGAAUGUCUAAAAUAAUGAUGUAUAAAUAAAUUCAUAUCAGCUUUUAUCUCA